UACCUAUGUGUGGUAACAACGUGAAAACUUAUCGAACCAUGAAAUCGGUCGCACUCCAUAUAGUUUCAAAUUUUUAUUUGGUUUUAGUUUGAAUAACGAAUUUUCCGAUUGAACAGUGUGCAAUUACUCAUUUGCUCGAUCAUCGUAGAGAGUUUGUUUAUAAAAUAAACGAAAUUUUUAGCAAAAACAAGUAAAAUUUUUGUAAAAUUAGGAACAGGUGCAAGGAAUUUAUUAGAAAGGAGGUUGCUUUUUGCACCGUUUUUGUUGUUUAUUUGUUGUUGCUAUGGAUUUAAGAAUAUUGUUUUUGGACGAACGCAGUCGUUCACACAGAAAUUGAUAUUUAAAAUUGUCCAAAAGUGGUGGCAUAGUAAUUUCUGAGCGAAAACAAAAAUUGUUCGUGCACCCGACACAUAAAUAUGGAAAAUCUAAAAGAAAAUUUUACUCGUUUUUGAGUGGAGCGCCAACUCGACGAGAACAACUCUAAGGAGAAGCCAUUCGUUGACAAAAGCUGAACAAAACAUUUUUUACGGAAAUAUAAUUUAUGAAUAGACACGUAAUCGGAGAACUUAAAAAUGAAGGCUUGGCUGGUAUCGUUUCUUGACAAUAAUUGCAUUCGAGUCGUUUUAUUCACCAUUCUAUUGGUACAAUAUCGAACUGUAUCAGGAUUAAAUACAACAUCGGAUGCGCCCGAUAUCGUACCAUGGACAAAUAGCUCUACCUGCACGGAUGAUUUGAAUAACACCAACCAUAAAAUUGAUUAUGUCCAUGGAGACGUUGUUAUUACAGUCAUAUCAAUUAACCCAUUACCUUCGCAAUAUGUAUUGAAGCGGGUCAGUGACUCCAUUGAUUCGAAGCUAUCAUUGGGCAUUCGAUCAAUAACCGUUCUCCAACCGAACGACAUAAGAGAGCUAAUAGUCGAUGAAGUUCAGUACUUAGAACAAUGCGUUCUUCAUCCCAUCGGAAUUUUUGUAUCAAGCAGCCUUUGGCCAAUUAUCGAAGCCAUUGCAGCUGAAAUUGAGUAUAAUAUUUGGGAAAUGCCAUCAUCUUCACAGAUAUUGUUUCCGAGCAUAGCCCAUCUGCUGUACGAAUUUCCAUGGAAAAAUAAUGAAAUUCCUUCAGUUGAAUUGAAAGCCGAAACAUCUGAGAUUGCGAAUGAAUUUCUACAGUCUGCCAGGAAUGAACACUUGUGUUUGAAGUUAAUGCCAAACGUAGAGAAUGUCUACCUUUUACUGGGGAAUGAUGUAUUAUUGGACGAUAGUCUUGACGAAAAUGGCACCAUUUUCGCCAUCCCAAUGUAUGCUGUCGAUGGCUUGAUUAAAGACUUGCCACACGGGGCGUACAUCUUUAUCGAGUCGGAUAUUCAACUGAAACUAGACGAUCGCAAACAAAAAUUUGGUCUGUCGAAUAUUUUCAUCAUCAGUUCGAUCGUCAGCGACCUAGUAUCAUUCAUCGACAGAACAACAUCAAUGUGUAAUAUUACCCAAGUCACCGAAGUAUCGGCCUGCAAAGAAUUUAAGACGUGGACUCCAAAUGCAAUGAAACUGAAUACCUCAAUGGAGUUCCUCGACAGUUUAUCGCUGAGGGAAUAUGCAGACGAUUUAAACGUAGACCUAAUUCAGAAAGUGUUGGCUCCGAUCAAUGAAAGUGUUCACAACAUGGACCUAAGACAAGUGGCUUCAAUCAAUGUUGUCAGCAAUGUGACUACGUUCUAUCAUUACAAAGACGAUAACGAGAACAGCAUUAGCAAUAAAACGAAAUUGGGUCAGUAUUUUCCGUGCGAGACGUUGACAACAGCAUCAACAGCAAUAAAUGAAGUAGAUGAUGGGGCGAGAAAACCGAUUAUCAUCAGAACUCAUUACUCGGACAUGUAUUGGCGAAUUAAGCCCGAAGCAUGGGUGGCUGUCGGUCUCACAAUUUCAGUGCUGGGCGUUCUGAUCAGUUUAGUUAUUUUGCUGUUUAUCGUUUUUCGCAUUUAUAUGAACGACGUUCUGGAGGGGAACCCCGUUGGAACGAUCGUAUUACUGAUAUCAUUGGUGGUAUUGUUCGUGUCAUUUGUCCCAUUUUGCAUGGAGUACACGUCGGACAAACAAAUUUUGGAAUAUUAUGUCCGGCCAGUGGACCACUCGAAUACCAUUUGUUCCGUUCGCAUUUUUUUGCUGACCCUGUGCUACAGUCUGAUAUUUUCGCUAUUAUUAUGCCGUGCGGUUAUGCUCGCCUCAAUCGGUAGUGAGGGCGGAUUUUUGUCGCACGUUAAUGGUUACGUUCAAAGUGUAAUCUGUAUGUUCAGUGCCUUGGUCCAGAUCGGACUGUCUACUCAAUUGCUUGUUUUGAUGCACGUUGCAAAAGAAUCGAUUUCUUGUGACAACAUUUUUUACGGAAAUUGGCUGUGGGCAUUACUAGCCUAUGAUAGUUGUCUAUUGGCAAUAUUAGUCAUACUCUUGCCGUUUAUAUUCCGAUCUCAACGCAACUAUAAAGAAGGGUUGCUUCUAACAAUCGCAACCAUUUUGGUUGUCGCUGUCUGGUCCACAUGGAUUCCAUUCAGUACAUUAUUCGGAGACUACUGGCGAGAUGCGGCCGUUCCGUUGGGUCUGCAAGGAACCGGUUGGGCCAUUCUCGGUGGCAUAUUAAUACCGAGAUGUUUUUUGAUUGUCCGUGGAAUAGCCAGAACCGACUUAGCGCAAGCAUUACCAUCCUUAACAUCGCUAGCAUUUGCUCAAAACACACAGUACAUAUCGGAGCAAAGCAUUUACGAAUGCGUCAAUCCAGCUAUGCGUCAACGCGGCAUUUCGAAUGACAAUUAUUCGGAUCGACAAUCGCCCAGUGAAAUUCCCACACUUCCGCUGAGAGGUGCAUCGCGUAAAAAUCAAAAUCCUAUGAGCUAUUCCAGUUCAGAGCAAUCGACGAUACCGGCGUCGCCGAGCAAAGCUACGAGAUUUUAAGAGAUUCUUUUUCGUUGCAUUUUACACUUUUCCGAUCACAUACCAAAGAUUUAAUUUUACCCGGAUUCCAUAAACUUAAACAUACUCUAGUCAAUAAAAAACAUUUUAACA